UUCUCCCGAAGGACUCAGGGCGGUGAACAACCAAAUAAAAUACAAACACAAACACAUACAAUAUUAAGAACAACCCUUAAAAAACUUAUUCAAUUGGCCAAAGAAAUUUAAAAUACAAAUUACACCCUAUAAAAUUACAGAAAUUUAAAACCCAUUAAAUUAAAUUAAAGUUUUAACAAUCAAGCCAGUCCAGCCAUUCUUUUUUCUUUUUAAAAACGAAACCUUCUGAGUAUGCAAACCAUAGGAAGCUCCUUGCAAAUAAAACAUAGUCACAAACUUUUUCAAAUACAGGUGGUCCUCGACUUACGACCCACAAUUUGAGCCCGAAAUUUCUGUCGUUAAGUGAAUUUUGCCCCAUUUUACGGCUUUUCUUGCCACUUAUUCAGUGAAUCACUUAAUAAGUGGUAAGUUAGUAACCUGGUUGUUAAGUGAAUCCGGCUUUCCCCAUUGACUUUGCUUCUCAGAAGGUCGCAAAAGGGGAUCACGUGACCCCGGGACACUGCAGCAGUCACAAGUGUGAGUCAGUUGCCAAUAUGGGAAAGGCAGGGGAUGGGGGGGGGGUUGGACUAGAUGACCUGCAAGACCCCUUGAAUUCUGUUAAUGAACCAAUUGCCAUCCAUCUGAAUUUUGUUCACUAUGAAAACCGAAAGUCGCUUUUUUCAGUGCCGUUGUAACUCUGAACGUCACUAAACGAAGUGGAGAAACUGGAGGACUUCCUGUAAGAGGAUUCUCUUGACUUUUUUCUAGCUCUAUGCACCCAGCGUCGUCCACGCCACCUGUUAACUCCGCCCACCCCGUGACGCGCCUCUCCAAAUCCGCUCCUUGCGUGAUGACGUCAUGCACCCUCGGCGCCUGCGCAGUGCGGCCGCGGGAACGAUUCAAACUGGCGGCGUCUCCCGAGCGAGAAUUCAUGGCCGACGAAGACCGGGAGAGAAUCGUCGCCUGAAAGCUACGAGCGGCCGCCGACUCGUCCCCUGAACUCCGGUGAGCGAAGCGCCUUGCGGGCCAAAACGGGAAGGAAGCAAUUAAAAACUCCCGUCUUGAGUGAUCAUGAGCUUUUCAACACCACAGUCUGCUGGCUCCAGAGGCAGUGCCUCUUCCGGCAGUGUGUUUGUGUCCCCCGGCACCAGGCGACAGCCGCUCAGUGGCUCUGGCACCCCAGUGCUGCAGAACUGCCCGCAGAAUGACGAUGAACGGGAGAGGAAACAGCGGAGACGCUCCAGAGCGUUCGAUCUACAGUUUAGCACUGAGUCACCUGUGUCCAUACUGUCUCCUGCUAGCAAGCAAGCAGAGACAUCGUUGCCAGCAAUCCCACAAUUGUCCAAUGCUCAGAUUGCAGAACAUUACUCCACGUGCAUCAAGCUUUCAACAGAAAAUAAAAUCACCACAAAGAACGUAUUUGGCUUACACCUCAUUGACUAUAUGACUGAAAUACUCAAGCAGAAAGACUCCGAACUCACCAACUUCAAGGUAGCAGCUGGUACCCUUGACGCCAGCGCAAAGAUCUACGCGGUGAGAGUGGACGCUGUCCAUGCAGAUGUUUAUCGUGUCCUUGGAGGGUUGGGCAGAGAUGCUGCACCUUCAGAGACUGAGAAUAACCAGGAUGCAGGUGGCGAAAAGGAAGAUUUGGAUCAUUCUAAGAAGCGUUCGAUUAAGAGGAAGAACAAAACCAUCGAGCAAAAUUUGAAUAACAUCAAUGCCUCCGAGACGGAGCGCAAAUGUGAGAGUGAUCCCAUGUUCCAAAAAACCGCCUCGUCCUUCGAUGAAUGCAGUACAGCUGGGGUCUUCCUUACCACCCUCCACACGCACAGCUACCUCAGUGAAGUCCUGUUCGAUUCCAUGGUCAUUCCUCUGCCGUCUUCUUCUGGGACCUCUGAGAUACCAAGUUCUUCUCAUGUGAAAGUGACUGAUUUAAAAACCAUCCUUCUACGUUGCGCUGAAAAGUCCGCCAUUUGCCCUUCGUUGUCCGACUUUCUGUUUACUCAGUGGAACAGUGAAACCCACAGCGAGUCAGUCUCUGCUCUACUGGAAAAAUUCAAGAAGAGUGACCAGGCGUUCGAUAUCAACGCAGAGACUGGGAACGAGUCUUUUGAAGAUAGAAUAGAAGAUGAUUUUGAUGCCGACGUUCUAGACAAGACCAUGGCAAGAGAUCUUGGCGAAUUCUCCGAAAAGCUGGAGGGAUGCCGAAUAACACCGAAACAUUCAAGAGAAAACCAGGUUUCAACGAAAGAAGGGGAUAUUGGGUCCAUGUGUCUACAGCUGUCUAUGAACCCCAGCGAGUAUUCUUACUUCAGCCCCCGAAUUAUGUCCAUGUGGGCAGGCCCGGAACACUGGCGUUUUAAACCGCGCCAUAAAGGCGAUGCCAACGCUGAGAGAACCAGUAAAAGGAAAACAGUUAAGAAAGUCUUUGAGAUCAAUUUUGACGAGGAGAUUAACUUCGAACUUUACUUCCGCAAAACCCGGGCAGCUACGGUUCUGUCCAAGUCCACCCUCCAAAGCCAAAACAAGAAAAGCAACACCCUCCCAACAGACUUCCAUUAUGAUCCAGACAACCUCACUCGGCUGUUCCUCAAACCGCAAGUCAGGGUCUCGAACAUGCUGCCUCAGGGCCGCUCGCCCAGUCACGACGACAAUGACGAAGUCGGAGAAUACGAUUACAACAAUCCCAAUGACACCUCCAAUUUCUGUCCCGCGGUGCAGGACGGCGACAGCGAUGAUGACAAUGAGCCUGUGAACUUUAUAGGUCAGGGAGGGAUGUUUGAAAUGACAGCCUAUCCUAUGGGUGGAGAUGACCAAGAUGGAGAGUGUGAUGAUGGAAAGGUCAAAGGAUUCAACAUCUCCAGCUACGGAGAAGCCAACAUGGUAGCUGAGCCUCAAAAGGUGAACAAAAUAGACAUUCAAUAUGCAAAAACGGCCAAAAAGAUGGACAUGAAGAGGCUCAAGCAGAGCAUGUGGCACCUGUUGACAGACGUUCCAAAGAAUCAGACCGAGGCAGAGAGUGAAGGCACAGAGAAAAAGGUCAACUCUUCAUCCAUCUCAAGCCCGAAGGUCUUCAGUAGCAUCACCAAGGAGCUACUUCAGAGCCUGCCUUCCGUGAUGGCGAAAAACCUGUCCGUCCCACUGGCGUUUGCCUGCCUCUUGCACCUGGCUAAUGAAAAGAACCUGAAACUACAAGGGGUGCAAGACUUGUCUGAAGUCUUAGUGCUACAAGAAGAUUAACCUGUGUUACCCGACACCCUUCAGUCUCCGAAGAGGGAAUUUAUCGUGCCUUUUUGAGACUUAUCCCCAGCGCAUCAAAGCGAAGGGCAGGAGCCUCUGCCUAAUUCCAUCGCUUCUCCCUGGGACCAAGCAGGAUACGAUUUGUAUUAAGAUUUCGGCCUUCAAAUCUGCUUGUCUUUUAAAAGGAGCCUGUUUUUUUUUUUUUUUUAACUCCUACUGAAUUUGGCCUCUUUCCCCACGAUGUGUGACACACACAUACACACACACACACACCUGAGUGCAGAGGGAGCCUUUUAGCACUUGUGUGUGUUCUCGGCACAAUCGUAUAUCCCAUUCUGUUUUGGUUUUAUUUUUUUUUAAAAAACCCCAGUUUUUAGUUUUUCCCCACUCUGGAAAUGUUCCCGUCUUUCUUUCUAUACAGUUCCUCCCUGCUGUCGUUUUUAUCGUUAUCUUAAGUCAUUUUAUAUAUUUGUACGGAUUUUUAUUAAUUUUUUUUUAAAAAAAGGAAUAAACCCCAAACCUUAUAGUCGUCCUUCUCUGCCUACGGCUUUAAUUUGCUUUGAGCCUCUGACGGGACAGCAUCUGCGACCCGUAUAGACGUCUCAUUUUGGACUAUAAUUGCGUUUUUGCGCUGCGGUGGCGGACGUAACAGAGAAGCGUUUGGCUGCCAUGCCGGGAAAAAUUUUGGCUGCAUGCCCAAAAUUUUAAUUUGAAGCCUCUCCAGACCAGGCGUCCCUCGCAGAGGGGGUUACCUUGAUUUCAUCAAGGAAUAAGGAAGUUGCGCCAGGCGGGGUGACUUCACUCACAACCAGAGUUGGCUUUGGUUUCUCAAGAAUUCUGCGGAACUCCCGUUGCCCAACCGCAGUAUCUAAUCCCAUCCUUGGGCACAAUCGGUUACCUAACUGCUGGGUUGAUGAAAGAUACGAUCUCCUCCUUUCUGUUAAAAUUGGUUAAAAUCCUCUCUGGUUUGCAAUUUACGGAGGAGCCCCUUCCACCAGGGCAGGGGUGUCAAAGGCGAUUUCAUUGAGAGCCGCAUCAGGGUUGUGUUUGA